UGCUCGCCGCGGCGAGAGACACCACUGCGCCCACGGCUUAGCUUGCUAAUACCAAGCGUAUCUCUUAUGUGCGUGCCCGGGCACAAUGGCAUUUAACGCUUGUGGGAUAGCCGCAUGGGACGUUGCUUUUUGGUUCUGGUUGGGCAUACGAGGAUGUCGAGCUCCAUUGCUUUUGCGUGGUGGUCAAUUUUUUGCAUUCUGGUUCUUUGCGAGCCCUUGUUGCGCUGCACGUCGGGUGGAUCUCCAUAUGUUUUCUCCCGCAGAUAUCAACGCAUAUAUCUACGUUAUUUGCAGAGGAUUUGGUGAGCAGUAGUGCUAUGUCCCUCAUCGAAGCCCUGUAUUUCAUACCUGUCGAAUUGAAUCUCUUUCUUUGCCGCUAUGCAACUUCAGUCGGCGGCGUGUUACAUGCAGGAAAGUAAUGCAUUUAUCGAGGAUGGA